CUCAACAGCGGGUUAACGUCUGACACAAAAAGCGACGGCGCACGCUCUCUGGCUCUUUGGGCACUUAGGAAGGGGGUGUGUAUGUCCCGCGUUUCCACGGUGGGCGGGACACGAAGCGUUUCCUUUGUGUGUGGGCACCAGUCGCCGGCUGCUGCGAGCGCGCCUGAGGAGGAGUAGAAGCCGCCAUUUUGUGCGUGUGCGCUUCCUCUUCCCCACCCCCUUCCCCGUUCUCUGCCGGUAAAGCUGCUGGGCCCGGCCGCCCCCCGGACGAACACCAGCCUCAGCGCCGUCGGUUUCUGCUCGGCCGCAGGUGCCCCCUACUGGCGGCAGCCGAAAGGAGGCGGAGGUGAGGAGGGGUUUGGCGGUCGCGGCUCCGGCAUGGAGAACUCCCAGCUGUGUAAGCUGUUCAUUGGCGGCCUGAACGUGCAGACGACGGAGGCUGGGCUCCGAGAGCACUUCGCGGCCUACGGGACCCUGACCGACUGCGUGGUCGUGCUCAACCCACAGACCAAGCGCUCCCGAUGCUUCGGCUUCGUCACCUACUCGGCCGUGGAGGAGGCCGACGCUGCCAUGGCCGCCUCUCCGCACGCCGUGGACGGCAACGCGGUGGAGCUGAAGCGGGCCGUCUCCCGCGAGGACUCUGCCCGGCCGGGGGCCCACGCGAAAGUGAAGAAGCUCUUCGUGGGAGGCCUCAAGGGGGACCUGGGCGAGAACGACCUGGUGGAGCACUUCAGCCAGUUCGGCCCGGUGGAGAAGGCCGAGAUCAUCUCCAACAAGCAGAGCGGCAAGAAGCGGGGCUUCGGCUUCGUCUACUUCCAGAACCACGACGCCGCCGACAAGGCCGCCGUGGUCAAGUUCCACCCCAUCCAGGGCCACCGCGUGGAGGUCAAGAAGGCCGUGCCCAAGGAAGACAUCCAGGCGGGCGGCGGCGGCGGCGGCUCUUCCCGGUCUAGCUGGGGCGGCCGGGGGCGGGGAAGAGGCGGUGGAGCCGGCAACCGGGACCAUAACGGGCUCUCCAAAGGAGGAGGCGGCGGCGGCGGCGGUUAUAACAGUUACGGAGGCUACGGCGGAGGCAGUGGGGGCUACGGGUCCUACGGUGGGGGCUCCUACGGAGGAGGCGCCGGCGGCGGCGAUUAUGGCAACGGGUACGGCGGCUUCGGCAGCUACAGCCAGCACCAGUCCUCCUACGGCCCCAUGAAGAGCGGAGGCGCGGGGGGCGGCGGGGGCGGCAGCUGGGGGGCCCGCAGUAACAGUGGACCAUACAGAGGCGGUUAUGGCGGGGGAGGUUACGGAGGCGGCUCUUUCUAAGCGGGAAUUCGCCCGUGCUCGUGUUGGGGAUGUCAGUUUUGUCUGCAUGGAGUAUGCCCUCCGUUUGUACCGGGCCAGGUUUUCAAUAGUUCCCCUACUUUUCGCCUAAGGGCACCUCCAUAUAGAAGGCUCCCACGAUGCGGAGCCUCUCUCGAAUGUCCCUGCUGGGGUCGCUCUGCUGCCUGUGCCACUUCUCUCUUUCCGAAGAUGGACUGGGCCUCUCACACAACAAUUUUGUGUUAGUCAUUGAUGGACUCUAUUUUUUUAUUGCUUGGACAUUGGUCGUUUUUAUACUAGGAACAAUAUAUUGUUCUAAUUUUUGGUUUAUUUGGGGUCGGGAGGGAAAGUUGGGCUGAUUCUGGAGUAAAAACUUGGGAGGGAAAGGGGAAUUAACUUUGUAAGGACUUGGAUACCUACACAUUUUUUUCUACAAAAUCUACUCUGAUCCCAUGGCUGUAAAGGGGGAGAAAUCGUUUUUACAUUUUUAUUUUUUAAAUAAAUCAUUGUGUUCAUUGACCUUUACAUGUCUUUUUUUCCUAGAGUUCAUUCCAUACAGUUCAAGCAAAGGCUUUUUGAGUCUGAAACAGAAGUUACUUCUCAAAUUUCUACGUUUCAAAUAAAAUUAUUAUUUCUGGUAAAGGCCUCAAUUAACCUUUAUGUUGCCCUGCUAUAUAUUGGAUUUAUUACUGCUAAAGAGUUAUAGACACAUUUUUGAAAUUCCCAUUGGUGGAUGAAGUCAGUUAAAAUACAUUAUUGUGUAGCCACCAUUUUGUAAUUGGGCACUUUGCCUUGCUGACGCAGUUGGUCUGAUUUUUUUUUUGUAUAUGGAGUUCCCCAUCAGUAUAUGUAGUUCUAACUCAUUUAAAGCAUGUGCUUUUUCAUAUAAGUGUUCAAAAUUACAGAUUGCUCAGUUUCACCUUGUGUUAUUUAUUGGCUUGCCUGUAAACAGUUAGGGGAGGUUUCCUUUUAUUAAAUACUCUGUUUGCAUAGUAUCCAGUUGAAAUGACUUCACUAUCUAAACUGUUCUUGCUAAAGAACCCAAGAAUCCUUAGAGCACCAUCUGCUGGCAAAAUAGCAGACCACUGCUGUAAUCUUUACAACAGACAAAAUUGGCCUUCAAACAUAUAAAGACUAUUAGGAAAAAGUCAAAAUGUGUGGUCAAAAUACCUGAACAUUGGCACAAAUGAUACAUAUCUGAAAUUCCACAAGAACUUUUCUUGAUUAAAUAUAAAAUUCCCAAUUUUGUGGUAGGUGAUUUAUAAAUAAGCCAGUAACCUAGGUGCCAGUUGUAAAUAAAAAUCUCUGUAGUCUGCUUGAUGUAUUUGUAGCCCUUUCACACAGUAGAAUUAUAGUUUGUUUGUUCUGUUAAAAUGUUCUAGCGAGAAACUGCCUUCCUCAAUAGAAAUAGAAUAGUUAUGGAUAUUGCAAAUAAAGAAUUCAAUUCUU